AUGUCCUCGGAGAAUCACACAUCCCUCCCGCGUCCUCUCGCAUCUGGAUCUGGAGAAAGCUCCGCGGAAUCCGCAGAGCUUGGAUCAGAUCCUUUCCAUCCUAGUCAGCCUCAGACAGCAGGAUAUAUUGAACCCAAUUCUCUUGCCUUGAGUUGGAAUCUCCAUCAAGGGAGGUGCCUUGGAGUGAUUGGAUUAUUAUUUAUCCCUUACGAAGAACACAACUUGCCUUACGCGGGCAACCUUCAGUCAGCCUUCGAGACCCAGGUCUCUGAGAUCCUCUCUAUAAUCGCCGCCUACCGCCACCGCUCUCCCACCCUCCCUGAUCGCUUAGUCAAGUUUGUCUCGGUGCUUAAGACGCAGCUCACUGACACUGUUUCUAAGAAGGAGGCCGUCCGGUUCAUUCUCCCUGCCUUCUCCAAGGCCCCGGCCGAGGGAACAAAGCGUAAGACCCUGGGCUCGCUGCUGGACAAGGCGGAAGAGAUUGCCCUGCAAACCCUUAAUGGACUCGCCGCCAGCAUUGCAGACGUCUAUGAGGGGGGCGCCACCGUGGUGUUCAUAUUAGAUGCUUCUGUCUAUUGGAACCUUCUGCAGAUCACCGACGGCGACGCCUUCGCAUACCACCAGGAGCUGCAGAAGCUCGUGACUUCUCUGGGUCUCCGCUUUCUGGAUUUCGUCCGCCCGGGGACCUUGGCCGGCAUCGCGCCCCAGGAAGCUCAGACCGUCGAGGAGAAGAAUGUGCAAGCGAUGAGCAGGCACUACGACACGGCUUUCCCAGGUAACCACGAUGCCCACGACGCAUAUGCCGCGCUAGUGGCGCUGUUCUUCCCAUCCGCGAUUCUUCUGUUAAUCCACGAGUCCAACAACGUCGGCAAGAUCGCGGUCGACCUCUUCCCGCCGGCGACAAACCCGGACUUUAUCACUCCCUGGCACGGGGUUGACAGAAGAUCAACUCCACCCACCCCAAGCCACAAUUGGAGACACGGAGACUGUUUGGAAUGCGUCAAACGCAACGUCGGCCAUCUGUGUAACAAGGAUAAGCGUCAAAUAAGAGCCAAACAGACCAAAACCCAUUACAAAGACCCGAACCUUGCCCAUAGCACUCUAGAGGAAGAAGCCGACGUCGAAGAGACAGCUCAGAUCUUGGAGCAUUUCGUGGAUAACAUUAAUACUUCCGGCUCCGCGGUCUGGGAACCGCUCUCAUCGGCGGUGGCCCCGGACCUCCCCAACGGGUACUGGUUGACCCCGGACCCUCGGAGGACGACAAACGGGCCUUGA